GGGUCAGGAGUCUUUUCCACGUUUGCAAACGCCGCUGCGCGCCCAGGCCCGACCCGCACCGCCCGAGCUCCGCGCGCCUCGCCAGCUCUGCGCCGCGCCCCCUCCUUUCCUCGCCGCCCGCGAUGGCGGUCAGGGCCCGGGGUUGGCGGCCUCCGCCGCCGCCGCUGCUCCUGCUGCUGCUCUGGGUGACCGGGCAGGCGGCGCCCGUGGCGGGCCUGGGGAUGGGCUCCGACACGGAGCUGCAGAUCGAGCGGCGCUUCGUGCCCGACGAGUGUCCCCGCACCGUGCGCAGCGGCGACUUCGUGCGCUACCACUACGUGGGAAUGUUCCCGGACGGCCAGAAGUUCGACUCCAGCUAUGACAGAGACUCCACUUUCAACGUGUUUGUGGGAAAAGGACAACUGAUUGCAGGAAUGGACCAAGCUCUGGUCGGGAUGUGUGUAAAUGAGAGGCGUUUUGUGAAGAUCCCCCCAAAGCUGGCCUACGGAAGUGAAGGAGUUUCUGGUGUGAUUCCCCCAGAUUCAGUGCUUCAUUUUGAUGUACUUCUGAUGGAUAUUUGGAAUUCGGAAGAUCAGGUUCAGAUUCACACUUACUUCAAGCCCCCCAGUUGCCCUCGGACCAUCCAGGUGUCUGAUUUUGUUAGGUACCACUACAAUGGAACGUUCUUGGAUGGGACACUGUUUGAUUCAAGUCACAAUCGCAUGAAAACAUAUGACACAUAUGUGGGAAUUGGCUGGCUGAUUCCUGGAAUGGACAAAGGGCUGUUGGGGAUGUGUGUGGGAGAAAAGCGCAUCAUCACCAUUCCUCCUUUUCUGGCCUAUGGAGAAGAUGGAGAUGGGAAAGACAUUCCUGGACAGGCAUCUCUGGUGUUUGAUGUUGCAUUAUUGGACCUCCAUAACCCCAAGGAUGGCAUUUCCAUUGAGAAUAAGGUAGUACCUGAAAACUGUGAGCGGCAAAGUCAAAGUGGGGACUUUCUCAGGUAUCAUUACAAUGGCACACUUCUGGACGGCACAUUCUUUGAUUCCAGCUACUCGCGGAACCGCACCUUUGACACGUACAUUGGGCAGGGCUACGUGAUUGCUGGGAUAGAUGAAGGUUUACUCGGCGUUUGCAUUGGAGAGAAGCGGAGGAUCGUGGUCCCCCCUCACCUGGGGUACGGCGAGGAAGGAAGAGGGAACAUCCCCGGCUCAGCUGUGCUGGUGUUUGACGUCCAUGUGAUUGACUUUCACAACCCUUCAGACUCCAUCAGCAUCACCUCCCACUAUAAGCCCCCCGACUGUUCAGUGCUGAGUAAGAAGGGGGAUUACCUCAAGUAUCACUACAACGCCUCGCUUCUGGAUGGGACCCUGCUGGAUUCCACGUGGAACUUAGGUAAAACAUAUAAUAUUGUUCUGGGAUCUGGACAGGUCGUGUUGGGAAUGGAUAUGGGUCUCAGAGAGAUGUGCGUUGGAGAGAAGCGGACUGUGAUCAUUCCACCCCACCUGGGCUAUGGGGAGGCUGGUGUGGAUGGAGAAGUGCCCGGCAGUGCUGUGUUGGUGUUUGACAUCGAGCUGCUGGAGCUCGUGGCCGGCCUGCCGGAGGGGUACAUGUUCAUAUGGAACGGCGAGGUGUCAGCCAACCUCUUUGAAGAAAUUGACAAGGAUGGUAAUGGAGACGUCCUCCUGGAAGAGUUCUCAGAGUACAUUCAUGCCCAGGUGGCAUCUGGCAAAGGGAAACUUGCCCCUGGAUUCGAUGCUGAGAUGAUUGUGAAGAAUAUGUUUACCAACCAGGACCGGAAUGGAGAUGGGAAGGUCACGGCUGAGGAAUUUAAACUCAAAGACCAGGAGGCAAAACACGACGAACUCUAAACCUGACAUGAGCCACUUGUGUGAUGCCAAGCCCCCUGUUGUGGCAGAAUGUGCAGUGAGGGUGCAAGGGUCUCUCAGAAGGGGAAUCGUCAGCAAGUAGUAGGUGGGUCAUAUAGUACCUGGGACAUACAUCUGGGUGGGUUGAUACACAUGGUGAGAAUUUUAGGCUGAUGCCGGUGAUACUAAAAAAAUCAGUGCGGGUGCCUUAGCAUGGGUUGUAUAGAAUAUUGAAAAUGCUGCAUUGUCAGCAGUUGUUUUGAGAGCCUUCUGGGUAGUUUUGUUACUAAAGGAAAAUAGUGUCAUACAGAAGUUAUAAUCAUCUUGGAGGGAACAGAAGAAAACAUGUCUAGGAUAUUUACAUAAAGAGGAUUAAAAGUUUUUAACUUGCUGGUGUUUUAAAAUUAUUCUCCAGAUGGCUAGAAGAGACAGAGGGCAUGCCCCAGCAGGAUUCCCAGACAGCCCCAGGAAAGUCUCCCAGUGGCCCGUAUGGGCCCUGGUAAUGCCCAACCUCCACCGUGCCUCUACUCACAUACUCUCUC